AUGUUUUUGCACCCGGCCGGCAUUUUACAGAAGCCAUUUUGUAGUUGGUCGUAAAGGACUUGCGAAUUAAAUAAUAUAUUUUUUACUAUAUAUUUUUUUCCCACAUUUAAAGUUUAGCCAUGCCUGGAUAUUCAGACAGAGACCGUGGAAGAGAUAGAGGUUAUGGCAGUGGUGCCCCUCGUUUCGGUGGAGGCCGCAGUGGCCCUCCUCUGUCUGGAAAAUUCGGCAAUCCCGGUGACCGACUGCGCAAACGACACUGGAACCUUGACGAGCUUCCUAAAUUUGAGAAAAACUUCUACAAAGAGCAUCCUGAAGUCACCCGGAGAUCGAUGCAAGAGGUUGAACAGUACCGCAGGGCCAAAGAAGUUACAGUCAAAGGCAGAGAUUGCCCAAAGCCUAUUAUUAAAUUUCAUGAAGCCACCUUCCCAAAUUAUGUCAUGGAUGUAAUCAAGAAGCAGACAUGGACUGAGCCCACUCCCAUCCAAGCUCAAGGCUGGCCGCUCGCGCUUAGCGGAAAAGACAUGGUCGGCAUCGCCCAAACCGGCUCUGGAAAAACCCUGGCGUACCUGUUACCAGCCAUUGUGCACAUUAACCACCAGCCAUUCCUUGAGCAUGGAGAUGGUCCUAUUUGCCUGGUGCUGGCCCCCACUCGUGAGCUGGCUCAGCAGGUGCAGCAGGUCGCUGCAGAGUAUGGACGAGCCUCCCGCCUAAAGUCAACUUGUAUCUAUGGAGGAGCUCCCAAAGGACCCCAGAUUCGAGACCUUGAGAGAGGUGUUGAGAUCUGCAUCGCCACCCCUGGUCGUCUGAUCGACUUCCUGGAGGCAGGAAAGACCAACCUGCGGCGCUGCACCUACCUGGUGCUGGAUGAGGCUGACCGCAUGCUGGACAUGGGCUUUGAACCACAGAUCCGCAAAAUUGUAGAUCAGAUCCGUCCUGACAGGCAGACUCUAAUGUGGAGCGCCACUUGGCCCAAAGAGGUGCGUCAGCUGGCCGAAGAUUUCCUGAAGGAGUACGUUCAGAUCAACGUUGGAGCUCUGCAGCUCAGCGCCAACCACAACAUCCUGCAGAUUGUCGACGUCUGUAAUGACGGAGAGAAGGACGAUAAACUAAUCCGCUUGCUGGAGGAGAUCAUGAGCGAAAAGGAGAAUAAGACCAUCAUCUUUGUAGAGACCAAAAGACGGUGUGAUGAACUGACCCGGAGGAUGAGGAGAGACGGAUGGCCUGCCAUGGGAAUUCAUGGAGAUAAAAGUCAGCAGGAGAGAGACUGGGUCCUGAACGAAUUCAAGUACGGUAAAGCGUGCAUCCUCAUCGCGACAGACGUGGCCUCACGCGGAUUAGGUGCAGUCUUUGUGGCAGGGCCUAGGCAUGACAAGCCCCAAGGCCGGCAGAGGGGGAAGGAGAAGUGGAAGUGAGCGACUGGCGGCCACCCAGUCGCUUAGAGAGGUGAAAUUUAUUGAAAGAGAAAAUGUCCGAGCUCAGCUCUGUGUGCCAGUAACCUUCAAUAAGGCAGUGUGGCUAAGCCUUGGCUAUGAUAACCUAGUUUUAAUAAUAUACACCUGUUCUCUGUCCAUGGAUUAUCUUUAACAAAUACACGUUUUGGUAACGGUUAAUCUAGCCAUCUUUCUAUCUCAAACUACCAAUGAAUUAAAGCUUGAUGCUGUUUGUUUUUUGCCUUGCAUGCAGUCUGUAAGAGCGUUUGUAUGGCAAGUGGGCGCUUGUUUGAGAUUUGGAAAGAUCCUUCUCGAUGCAUGGAAGUUUACAAGCAAUAAUUAGAGGUUUAGUGACCUUUUUCUUCCUGACUCAAAGCGCUGGUGUUCAUGGAACGGAGAGAGCAGUUUUUCAACUUCCUGUAUCUCAAUUGGUGAGACUGGCACAUGUAUAAAGGGGCUCUGGGACAUCUGUAGACAGUGGAGCAGAACGUUUGAAUCUUAGAGAGAGAAAAAAAAAAAAGAAAAACUCGACAAUUAAAUCGACAGCAAUGACUAUCCAAUUCCACGAUUGAAGUUCCUCCCUCGCCUGCAUUUUUCGUUCUUUUCAAAAAAGUCAUGUCGAGACCUGCCAACGAGAGACAUUUUCUCAAGUGAACACUGGCUUCUGGGAGCAUCUUGCCUAGACGAGACUGUGAUGAGGGAUUUUGCGGUCGCUCAUUAAUAACCUCAAACAGAAUGGGUGGGGGAAGGAAGCAACUAAGCAACACUGGUUUUCCCCCUUCGUGUUGGUACUUUUAGCUCUUUUGGGUCCCCUCAUGUUAGCCAUGGUCUGUUUGGUCUGGGCAAGACGGCAGUGUGGCCUUUAUUAGCGAGCUUCUUAUGAGUGUGCUGAAAGGGGGGGAACCUUUUUUUUUAAGAAAAAAAGAAAGGAAAAAAAAAAAAAGGACCUAUAAAGCGAAAAAGCCGAGCCGAACGGUCCUGUGUCGGCACACGAGGAGGCAAGAGUGCGCAUAGUGGCCCUACUGCGUUAGAAGCACCCGGAUGUCACUUGACAAUUUGUGGGGAGUUGGCUGCAUUGGGAAAGGACUAGUGAAUGCAUACUCCUUAAUGGUAAGAUGUUUAUUCUCAUGGUUUGAUAAACAAAAAGAGGGAGGGAGGUGUAUGGUGAUUGUUAGGUCUGUUUUCUGUUUAAUUUUCUGUUUUUUUUUUUCUUUUUCUUUUUAAUUUGGGGAUUAAAGCAAAUGGAGUGUGCAUCCUUUUUCUCUUCCCAUGGUAGUGUUCCCACUGAGACAAUUGUUUGUUAUAUAUAUAUAUAUAU